AUCCCCCAACGCCACUUGCUUGUCUUUUUUGGCGGGAUUGCCUUGGUCGAGACCUCUUGGUCGAGACCUUCCGAUCCAACGAUCCAACCAAGCAUGAUCUCGAGGCCGCUGCUGCCGCGUGCGGCGUUUUUGCGCGGGGGAAGGCAGCCCCUCGCGGUGCCCGCGGGUGGUCCCCUUUGCAGCCACCGGCCGAAGGAAGGGUGCCACCGGUUUUGUUGCUGCCCGGUGGGAAGCACCGCUGCUCGUUCCUCCUCGACGAGGUCCCCAGAAGCGGCCACCUGGGUGCCGCCGCCGCCCCGUGGGUUCCCUACGGGCCCCCCGCCGCAACCAGAACCUCCGCAACGAGCGGCUUCGCAAGCACCCGCGCCGGCGCUUGCGUGUUCCGGUCCCUCCCAAAGGAGCGGUGCCCCUCCCGGCGCCCUCGGGGAGUCCCUCCGCCGCCGCCGCCCCGASCGGGGRGUUUUCCCGGGGCCCGGCGGCUCGACCCUCGAUCUCCCCGGGGGACUCCGCCUCUCGUCGGUCCGGGACCUCCUGGCGCGCAACGGCUUCGAGGCCGUGGAGGUAAGCGAGCGGCCCCUCUACCUCUCCGAGGGGGUGGUGGCCAAAGCCGACCGAGCUGCUUCCUCCUCCCCCUGGAGGGGGGUCGCGGCCUUUCGACCCGAACGGCACGCCUCCGGUUCGAGGGAGCACCUCUUUGCCCGGCCCGCGAAGCACCUGCGGAAGCAGCGACCGCAUCCGGAAACGCCCCCCCUCCCGGCGUUUGUUGGGGAGGACAUGGCCCUCUACCGGUUCGCCGAGACCCACGCCGCGGCCUUUCUGGACCGGRGGCGGGCCGCCUGGACCAGGUGGGUAAGGGCCCGGGUCCUCCCGCCCCUGAAGAACCUGCGGGAGAAAGCCUCUUCGGCCCGUGUUUCUGCGACAAGGGUCCGCGAUACUUUCGGGGACGCCCUGGAGCGGUCCCUCCUGGAGCGCUUCCUGGAAGCGGUCCUCGGGGAUCGUUGCGAGAAAAGGGGCGGUGGCGASACCAAAGGCAAAGCCGGUAGCAGCAGAACAUCCAAGGAUGCGAUCAUCAAGGAUGCGAUCAUGAAGGAUGCGGGCCACGUCGAUGGCUUCGAUCGUUCGAGCUCCGUCGACAGCCAAAAGGAUUCUCCCCACGCCACGGAGAAGCCAAUCGACGAAACAACCGAAAGAAUCCUCGGCGGCAAGCCCAAAGAGGAGAGCGCCGAUGACGAGGACGAGGAGGACGGGGACGAGGACGAUGCACUCGAAGACCUCGUAGUGAUUGUCUCCGUGCCCCAAGGGAAAACCAAGCAAACCGGUGCUUUUUCCGCCGUGUCCCGAUCCGGUCCCGGCAGCAGCAGCAGCAGCAACCACCACCACCACCACAACAACAGCCACCACCAAACCAACAACAGCGACGACCCCGGCGACGAGCUCCUGGUCUCGGUCGCCCUGUACGGGGCCAUGACCCCUUCCACCCGCGUCCUGGCCACCAGAGGGUUCUCCCUCGGCCACUCGGCGGCCUCGACGCUCGUCUCGGUCUCCCUGGUGGUCUCGGGGGCCCUCCCGAUGGCCCACCGGAGCUAUGCCUUUUGCUCCGAGUACCCCUGGCUGGUCGACCCCUCCCUGGUUAGCGCCGCCCUGGUGGCGACCGUGGGCUACACGCUGUGGGCGGCCCGGUGGAGGGCCCGGACGGCCCGGGCCUCUUCGGUGGCGUCCGCCCUGUGCGCCCGGGUCUGCGCCCGGGAAAGGGCCGUUCUGCUGGCCCUGGAGGAGGGGGCGGGGGAGGCCGCCAAAACAGGCAAAGACCCACCCACCCAAACGAGCCAACUAGCUAGCUAGACACGACACCGCACCACGCCACCACUGCGUUCCGGUGUCUUCUGCCUUUGUUGCCAGCAUUGGAACCAAUACAGGUUUGAUUCCAAC